AUGGCUACUAAGAUGCAAAUCCAAGCAUCGAAAGGUCCUAAUGAACAAUCGGUCGUGUUCGCCGACUUGAAACCCUUGAAAAAAGAUGUUCUGGGUCAGGUUAUGGAUUGUGGUGAUGUCGAAAACAUUCAGUGUACCGGGGGAAAGCAACAAAAAAAGCUUGAAUUCACCCUAAGCGACAUCAAUGAUUCGCGUUUACCAUGCUGCAUAUGGGGCAACUUAGCCGAGAAACUCCAUUAUGCAAUUAGCCAAGAAGAUGGAAUGGUUACUAUGCUGCUCAGGUUUGCUAAGCUUGGGAGAUUUAGAGGAGAACUGCAAAUCUCUAAUGCAUUUGAUGCUUCUCAAAUGAUUAUCAACCCGUCAAUACCUGAAGCUGAAGCAUUUAAAGAAUUGAUCAAUGACGAUGAAAAAACUCUAACCUCAUUCCAAAGUAAUGAAGAUAGUCAAGAGGACAACAACAAACAAGUUGAUCAGUUAGAGAAGCGAGGACAGCGUGACAAGUGGUUACUCUUUCCCACUAAGAGCAUCCAAGAAAUGAUAACAUCAACUCAAGUUGAUAGAUGCUUGGUGAGAUGCACAGUCUAUGCCAUUGAUAUGGAUUGGGCGUGGUAUUACUUUGGUUGUAAAGCAUGCAACAAAAGAGUGAUCAAAACUGGAACCAAAGUUAAGAAAUUGAAUGGUAAAGAGAUCACCACUCAUAUUUGGUGGUGUGAGACAUGCAAAGACAGUGUUUUCGAAGUUUCACCAAGGUUCUGGCUCCACUUGAUGGUCAGUGAUGAUACGGGCGUCUCGAAAAUAAUGAUCUUAGAUAAGGUUGCUAAUGGGAUUGUUGCUGAAUCUCCAGAAAAGAUGUUGAAUGGAAGCUGGGAUGAGCUUGAAGAUCUGACCUUAAUACCAGAUUGUAUUACUGAUCUGAUUGGCAAAAACUUCACAUUUGGAGUAUAUGUUGAGAAAGAGAAUGUCGCUGAAAGUCAAGAAACCGCGAAUGCUGUUUCUACACCAUCAAGUAAGAGAAAAGAAGACGAGACUAUUGAGCAGGGUGACCUCAGUUCAACAUCCAAGAAACCAUGCAAAAGGUCGAUCAAGAUUGAGAUGGUGGAAGAGGCUAAUAAGAAAUGUUGA